AUGACGAGCCUCCGUGCCGCCCCUCAUCCCACCAUGGCCGCGGCGCUUCCCUCGCAGCAGCUCGCCUCGUCGCUCACAUCACAUGCACACCUCGCAUCCGUCGCAGCAACCUCACGUGCGACUCUGAGAGCAGUCGCCCAACCGCCUCUGCGAUCGUCGCUGUUCGCCACCAGCACGUCCACCGCGUUCGCGGAGUCGUCGGGCCUCCUGGGCUGCAGGGUGGGGAGCAGCGCGCGGCGCGCGGCACGGCGUGCAGGGCCGUCGGGGCGGGUGGUGGUGCGCGCGGCGGUGUUCGACCAGCUGAGCUCGAGCCUGGAGCAGGCGUGGACCAAGCUGCGCGCGCAAGACAAGCUGACGCGCGACAACAUCAAGGAGCCGAUGCGAGACAUUCGGCGCGCGCUGCUCGAGGCCGAUGUGAGUCUGCCGGUGGUGCGGCGGUUUGUGCGCGAGGUGACGGAGCGGGCGGUGGGCGUGGAGGUGAUCCGUGGCGUGCGGCCGGAGCAGCAGCUCGUCAAGGUGGUGAACGACCAGCUGGUGGCGCUCAUGGGCGGCAACGUCGCGGAGAUCGCGUACGCGCCCGAGGGGAAGGGCCCCACCGUGGUGCUCAUGGCCGGGCUGCAGGGCGUCGGCAAGACCACCGCGUGCGGCAAGCUCGCUCUCUUCCUCAAGAAGAAGGGCAAGACGAGCAUGAUGGUGGCCACGGAUGUGUACCGCCCCGCCGCCAUCGAGCAGCUGCAGACGCUGGGCGCGCAGGUGGGCGUGCCGGUGUACGCGGAGGGCACGGACGCGCGGCCGGUGGACAUCGCACGGCAGGGCGUGGCGGCUGCCAAGAAGGCAGGCGUGGAUGUGGUGAUUGUGGACACAGCUGGUCGCCUGCAGAUAGACCGCAGCAUGAUGGAGGAGCUGAGGGGCAUCAAGGCGGCGGUUAGCCCCACGGAGGUGCUGCUCGUUGUCGAUGCCAUGACGGGCCAGGAGGCUGCUAGUCUGGUGGCGGCGUUUAAUGCGGAGGUGAGCAUCACGGGCGCCAUCCUCACCAAGGUGGACGGUGACUCACGUGGUGGCGCUGCUCUCAGCGUCAAGGAGGUGUCAGGGCGGCCCAUCAAGUUUGUGGGCGAGGGCGAGACGAUGAGUGCACUGGAGCCCUUCUACCCGGACCGCAUGGCCAGCCGCAUCCUCGGCAUGGGCGACGUGCUCUCGCUCGUGGAGAAAGCACAGGAGCUGAUGGACAAGGAGGACGAGGCGGAGGUGAGGAAGCGCAUCAUGGAGGCCAAGUUUGACUUCAACGACAUGCUCAAGCAGACGCGCAUGAUGGCGCGCAUGGGGUCCAUGGGCGGCAUGCUCAAACUCAUCCCCGGCAUGAACAAGCUCACACCGCAGCAGGUGCGCGAGGCAGAGAAGAGCCUCAAGGUCAUGGAGUCCAUGAUCGGCUCCAUGACCAACCAGGAGCGUGCGGACCCGGAGCUGCUUGCAAAGAGCCCGUCGCGCCGCCGCCGCAUCGCCAAAGGCUCGGGCAGAAGCCAGGAGCAGGUGAGCGCGCUGAUCUCGCAGCUGUUCCAGAUGCGAGUGCGCAUGAAGGCCGUGGCCGACAUGGUGUCUGGCAAGGCCAUGCCUGCCAUUCCCGGCCUCGACACAUCGGGUGCCAAGAAGGCCAGUUCCGGCAAGGCGAAGCGGAAGAAGAGCCGAACUGGCUUUUCACAACAGCUAGGGGACAACACUGCACGACUGGCGUCGAGCUCGCACGACUCCAAGCGACUGGCUUCGAGGUCGCACGACUCUAAGCGACUGGCGGAGCUCGGAGUCGCGGCGGCUGCCAGCCAUGCACACCCCCACCGCCCGCACCGCAGCUGCGAGUAUGCGCCCGCCCUCCCGCUCCACCGUGUUCCCCAUCCGUCCGCGCCUCCCCCUGCUAUCCCUCGCGCCGUGCCUGCUGCUACUGCUGCUCCCCCCCCGCCAUCCGCAGCCAUCCGCAGCCUGCCGGGACAGCCGCGCGGAGCGCCGGCGUUCGGGCAGUGGGCGGGGUACAUACCGGUGGGUCCGGCGGGGCGAAAGCGGCUCUUCUAUUGGCUCACGGAGUCCGUGGCGGCGCCUCUCACGAAGCCGCUCGUGCUGUGGCUCAACGGAGGUCCCGGGUGCUCGUCCAUCGGCUACGGCCUCCUGCAGGAGCUCGGGCCCUGGCGAGUGGCGGGCCCCGCGGGACGACAGCUGCAGUUCAACCCGUACUCGUGGAACAAACUGGCGAACGUGUUGUUCCUGGACUCGCCUGCGGGAGCGGGCUUCUCGUACUCGCUGGCGGCCUCCGACCUCGCCACGGGCGACAACCAAACAGCCCAGGACACGGUGCAGUUUCUGCGCGCCUUCCUCCGCCGCCACCCGCGCUACAACGGGCGCAAGCUGCUGCUGGCGGGGGAGAGUUAUGCAGGCCACUACAUUCCGCAGCUGGCGGACGCGUUGGUGGCGAUGGAGGCGCGCCCGGCGCUGAGGGUGCGAAUGAGGGUGGGGGGCGUGCUGCUGGGGAACCCCUUCGUGCAUGCGCGCGUUGACACCACCACCCGCGCGCGCUUCUUUCUCGACCACGGACUGCUCUCCCCCCGCCUCUUCUCCCAGGCCGCGCAGGCAUGA